CUCCAAAAUCUUCGCUAACAAACGUGCUUUUACUUUCUUCUUAUAAGUUCAAACCUUAACCACCAAUUCUCUUUUAAAAAACUCACACCACGCACUAGAGCUCCCUAUAGAAAUAUCCAAAACCAGCAAAUAUGGCCAAUCUAUUCAGAAGUUGUUCAUUAUUACUUUCGGUUUCCUUGAUUAUUAUAUUGUGUGUGCCAUCAAGAGUAAAUUGUACUGAAUUUGAAGUUGGGGGUCACGAUGGCUGGAUUGUUCCUAAGUCAAGAGACAACGAUCAAAUGUAUAACCAAUGGGCAUCCCAGAACAGAUUCAAAGUUGAUGACACUCUUCGUUUCAAGUACUCUAAAGAUUCGGUGUUGGUGGUGAGUGAAGAGGAGUAUGAAAGCUGCAGAUCCACUAAGCCACUAUUCUUCUCCAACAAUGGUGAUACUGUCUUCAAAUUUGAGCAUCCUGGAGUGUACUACUUCAUUAGCGGAGUUAGGGGCCACUGUGACAAAGGCCAGAAAAUGAUUGUUAAGGUUUUGGCCGUACAUAAUCCAAAGCCAGAGCCACCACAUUCACACUCACCAGCAGCAGCACCAGCAUUUACACCUGCAUCUACACCUGCACCUUCUCCUUCUCAUCAUUCUAAUGCUGCAAGACCAAUUCCUCUUCUCAGCAUAACUAACUUGCCGCUCUUUCUUAUCUUACUUCUUCCUAUGCUUUUUGCUUGAUUUUUUUCCUUGUAUUAUUGUCUUAUCUCUCCUUAUGAUUAGUAGUAAUUACAAUUAGUUUCUAGGUGUUUAGUUUUAAUUUGUUGUUGGGGUCUUAGGCUGUUUAGUUUGGUUGUUUGAAUAAUCAAGAU